AUGAAUGUACCUUUGGCCACUGAAGUUUUUAGUCAUAAUGUAUCUGUUGCCAUGGCUAUACACCAACCGAUAUGUGAUAAAUUGAAAGACUCAACUCCGACACAGAAAUUUAUAGAUCUUGUUUUUAAUUUGAUCGAAGCUAUGUCUUCUCGCAUACCUAGAAAUGCCUUGUAUGCCGAAGGAAAUUGUCGUAAAAAACAAGUAAGUAUAGUUAUAAGAUGA